GUGACACUCUCCAUUUCGCCAUUUUCUUCCUCUCCGCCGGCGAACAAGCUCCUGUCGGAUUCGUGACCAUCUCUUGCGCUCUGCUCCUGCUCCUUCAAGACCUGUCAACCUAGAACAGAGCUUCCUUAGAGCCUAAACCGUCUAGACUGAAGCCUUCUUCCCUUUCUGUCUUUAGUUUUAGGUUUGUCAGCGCGCGAGAAGAAUGUCCGCCCCACAGUACUCUCCCUUCUUCGCAGUGAUGGGUGCCUCAGCAGCAAUGGUGUUCAGUGCAUUGGGUGCUGCAUAUGGGACGGCCAAGAGCGGCACAGGCAUUGCUGCCAUGUCAGUGAUGCGGCCAGAGCUGAUCAUGAAGUCCAUCAUUCCUGUGGUCAUGGCGGGUAUCAUUGCCAUCUACGGCCUGGUGGUGGCUGUACUUAUUGCCAACAACAUCUCUGAAACUGUCACACUCUACAAGAGUUUCUUGCACCUUGGUGCCGGGCUGAGCGUCGGUCUGAGUGGUCUUGCAGCUGGCUUCGCCAUUGGUAUCGUCGGUGAUGCUGGAGUGAGGGGCACAGCUCAGCAGCCUCGCCUGUUCGUGGGGAUGAUCCUGAUCCUUAUUUUCGCUGAGGUUCUGGGUCUCUACGGGCUAAUUGUCGCUCUUAUCCUGUCCACCAAGGGUUAAUCGCUCUUAUCAUCUCUUACACAUGAACAACCAUCAACCACACAAACACACACACACACACAGACACACACAAGCACCUACACAGACAUCCUCCUAAUGAUACACAUUGAGUAACUUCACCACCCGAAAUGAUGAGAGAGGAAUUUUUGCGUGCAUGCGUGUAUCGUGAGUGUGCUGUUUGCAAGUGAAUGUGUGAUUGAACUUCCUCUCUGUGUAUAGUAGCCUGACGUGCGUUCCCCCUGUAAAUGCGCUGUGUAGCUAUUGCUCUCGUCCUGUGUGUGUGUUUAAAUAGAUGCCCUCUUUCUCCUAGGCUACACUUGUUUGUCAUUCUUUUAUUUUGUCAUAAUUUUAUUCUUAUUUGAAGAACAAAUCAGCCGUCAUUUUGUUUUUUCACUUUUGGGACCAUUUAAAUUCAAACACAGAUGUUGAGGACCUAAAUGUAAAAAAGAUGGAUUAUUACUGUUUAUUUUUUUUGUUUGUUUCUGCUGAUUAUUUAUGAAGAUUUUGAGAUGUUCAUUAAACAUUUAAAUGGAUCAAAGUCUUUAUUGAAAUCAUGAUUAUCUAAAUACAUGAGUGUGUGUGUGUAUCAGAAAUAUAUACAUAUAUAUCUGUAUAGGUAGGUGAAUUGCACUGUGGGAAAUUUGUGGAGUUUCUUUGGGUAUGUAAUCAUUGAUUACCAUGAAGACCGUUGUGUUAAUCAAGGUAUUGAUGUGCAAGUUUACUAAGUGUGCGUGAAACGAAUGGGUGCGCACACGUGCCUGUGAGCGAGUGUGCGUGUUUUAACUCUUAACGUGACAUUCUUCAGACGUGUAGCGUUUUACCUGUAGUUGAUACUGUUUCUGGUUCCAUCAUGGGUGAACACCAGCGCAGCUUGUCCAGUUUCCGAAUAAAACUUCCUCAACCUAA